AUGUUUAUGGAAAUGGAAUGGAGAGAAGUCGAAAUUUUUAAAGUCAUCAAUGCUAUCGGUGUAUCGGAUGUUGUUUUUAACAAUCACAAAAUCGAGAUCGUGCGAGAAACCAUAGUCAAUCCAACUGACUAUGUUAAUGGGAACCUCUUCUUCUCCUUUGUGAACUAUGCCCUGAAACAUUAUCUAAUCGAUGUGAUUGGACACGUGACUGACUACGGAGAGACUACGGAAAUAAAUAGCUUCCAACAUGGACCAGGAUACAAGAAGUUUACAUUUGAGAUCGAGAACGCCAGCAAACAACGACUCUCGUGUGUUGCUUGGGGCGAGAAAGCUGUGCAGAUGAGCAACAUCUUUAGCACACUUGAUAGUGAUAUGAUCAAUGUAUGCAUCCUAAGAUUCUGGAAGUUGGAUAUUCACGGAGGAACCGAAGUCCACACCUCUGGGGAACGUAGCCAGAUGAUGAUCAAUCCAGAGAUCGACGAAGUAGAUCAUUUCUUAGACUGGAUGCAGAUUUCAUACGAAGAAUCUCCUUGA